AUGGAUAGUCAAAUCUCCUCAGACUCGGCGCACAUCGCGCAAGUUACCACAGUAUUUGCUCUGGUCAUUGCAUUUCUUACGUUUCUCCCAAAGCUCAGCCUGCAAUUCAAGUUAUCAAAAUUGCCAUUGUUCGGCCUGGCCACAAACAAUGACAAGCAACGAGCCUAUUUCCUAAAGUAUUGCAAAGACCUGUAUCGCAAAGGCUACAAACAGUUCACGAAAUCUGUUUACCGCAUGGCAGCAGAUGAUGACAUGCAAUUUGUGGUCAUACCACCCAAGUUUUUACCCGAACUGAACAAAAUCCCUGACGAUGUUGUGGAUCUUCCUGGAGCUGUUAACAAAAUGUUCGAAGGUCACUAUACCAAACACGAAACCAACUACCCGAUUUUGGUGCACAGUAUAAAGGCUGAUCUUACACCUUCAUUAAAACGUCUCAGCGAGCAUAUUACUAACGAGAUCGAUAACUCCAUGCAACGGUUCUUGCCUGCUUGCGAGGACUGGACUAAACUGGUGAUAUACGAAAAUGUAACAAACAUUAUAGCUCAGGCAUCUGGCCGCCUAUUCGUCGGACCAGAAUAUUGCCGCGACCCUGAAUACGUUGACAUUGCAGUCAAUUUCACAAACGAAACAACUACUGCCGCUUUCGCAGUCAAGAGUUGCAGUAGAUGGCUUCGCCCAUUCAAAGCAACUCGCCUCCCCGAGGUCCAGCAGCUUCAGGAUAGAUUCAAACGGGCUACCAAGUUCUUUGAGCCUAUCAUCAACCAGAGACAAGACCCAAACAACAAGUCUGACGAUAUGUUGCAGUGGAUGAUGGAUCGCUGUAAAUCAAGCAUGGAUCUUCCGUCGCUGAUAAGGCAGCAGCUUACUCUUACUGUCGCAUCUAUCCACACUACCGCUAUGACAACCACCAACAGUCUAUUCAGUCUCGCGGCAAUGCCAGAGUACAUCAAGCCACUUCGUGAGGAGAUUCAGACCGUCCUGGAAGACAAUAACGGGAGCCUCACACCACGUGCUCUUCAGCAACUAGUCAAGCUGGACUCUUUUAUCAAAGAAGUUGGCCGCUGGUACCCUUUUAGCAUCACCUUCCCCCACCCACCAGCUUCCUUUGCUCGCUACGUUCACAAGCCCUUUGUGCUCUCCAACGGCCAACACAUCCCCGCCGGCGUGAUGAUCGAAGUACCCUCCGACGCCGUCAGCUUCGACUCGACCCUUUUCACCAACCCCGACGAAUUCGACGGCUUCCGCUACUACAAGAUGCGUGAAAACUCCAGCACGGGCGAGCUAGCACGCUCGCAGUUUGUCUCUGCAAAUGAGCGCGAUAUGCUGUUUGGAUACGGCAAGCAUGCGUGCCCGGGCCGCUUCUUUGCAGCCAAUGAGAUUAAGACGGUUCUGGCUAGGAUGAUUAUGGAUUAUGAUAUUGUGAUGCCGGAUGGGCGCAAGGAGCGGUACGAGCCGAUUCAGGUGGAUAGGCAGGUUGUGCCGAAUCCGAGCAAUUCGCUGCUUCUGAAGCGCCGGAAGAUUUGA